UCCUCCCCAACGUUACGACUUCCUGGGCGGACCAGCCGACUGAUAAAAACGAGGGUGCGACUUUUUUUGGGUUAUCUUGUUGCACGUCGGACAUAUUCAGUUAUUAAAGACAAACAUGGCAGAGGCAGACCGACCAGGGAAGCUGUUCAUAGGUGGCCUGAACACUGAAACUACUGAAAAAGCUCUUGAAGGCUAUUUCAGCAAGUUUGGCCGCAUAUCUGAAGUUCUGUUGAUGAAAGAUCGUGAAACAAACAAAUCCAGGGGCUUUGCUUUUGUCACUUAUGAAAAUCCUGGUGAUGCGAAAGAUGCUGCGAGGGAAAUGAAUGGAAAGGCCCUGGAUGGUAAACCCAUCAAAGUAGAGCAGGCCACAAAGCCUCAGUUUGAAUCAUCAGGCCGCCGUGGCCCACCAUCAAUGCACCCACGCAGUCGUGGCCCUCCCCGAGGCCCACGAGGCUCCAGAGGUGCACCUAGUGGAAUGCGGGGACCACCAAGCAGAGAACCUUUCUUUAAAGGGAUGUCCUCCAGAGGCCCACCUCCUCUGAAAAGGGGACCGCCAGUGCGUAACGGAGGGCCGCCACCAAAAAGAUCAGCACCCUCCGGGCCAAUGGGCAGACCCCCAAUGUCAAGGGACCGGGAUCCUUAUGGUCCUCCUCCUCCCCGCAGAGAAUCACUUAUGUCAAGGAGGGAUGACUAUCCAUCACCACGCGAUGACCAUUACAAUACCAAAGACAGCUAUUCCAGCCGGGACUACAUAAGCUCGAGAGACAGCAGGGACUAUGCCCCUCCACCACGUGACUAUUCCUACCGCGAGUAUCCAUCCCAGUCCAGUUCCAGAGAUGAUUAUGGUUCAGCGUCUAGAGGCUACAGUGAUCGUGAUGGUUAUGGAGGAGGUCGAGAACCCAGGGGCUAUAUGGAGCGGCCAAGUGCAGGCUCCUAUAGAGACCCCUAUGACGGUUACGGUAAUUCGCGCAGUGCCCCACCCUCAAGGGGUCCCCCUCCAUCCUACAGUGGGAGUGGCGGAAGCAGUCGCUAUGACGACUAUGGCAGCAGUUCCCGGGAUGGAUAUGGCAGUCGCGACAGUUAUCCCAGCAGUCGGAGUGACCCAUACUCCGCUAGCCGUGGUGAGCGACUGGGCAGGCAAGAGCGGGGCCCGGCCCCUCCACUAGAGAGAGGCUACCCUCCUCGUGAAUACAGCAGCUCAAGUCGUGGCGCGCCUCGGGGUGGCGGCCGCGGAGGCAGUCGGGCAGAUAGAGGAAUGGCCCGCAGUCGAUACUGAAAUGGACUCAGUGUGACAAAAGGGUCAGCUUACAUUGUGGGGCAUUCUACAUGUGCAGAGAAAAUGGAGAGUCAAUUUUUAACCUCUAUAUGGACUUCAAGCUUCAGUUUCAAGCUGUACCCAGACUUGUGAAGUUUUUUUCCUUUUUAAAUGUAACAAUUUCUUUCUUUUUUUUUUUCUGCCCGUCUCCCAUUUAAUGGUACUGUUGCCAAUUUAAGUGAUGAGUGUUAGUUUUUGUAUCCUAGUGAUGUUAAACCUGCAAUGCCCAAAAGUAUGGUUUUCAUUUACCAAUAAAAUUUUUAAUCCAA